CUCCCCUCCCUCCCUCCUCCCACUCCUCUGAGCUCGGUUCCUUUCCAGAUCGAGCUCGGGAAUCCGCGCGGAAGGAGGAGAGGGAUCCGCCCGCCACGAUGGAGCUCCGGAUCCCUCAGCAGGAUGAGGAUCUCUCGGUCCGCUAGAUCUCGAUAAGGAACCCACCAAACACCAAGCAAAGAGAGAAAGGGAGGAGGGGGAGAGAAAGAGGAGGGCGAGGGCGAGCCUUUCUUCCUUCCUUCCUGCCUUGUUUCCUGCGUGACUCCGGACACGCGUGAUUCCUAGCGUCGGGAAAGGGAUGCCCGGACCCUGAGGAGGAGAAGACGAGAAGAGGCGGGAAAAGAGGGGUCGAGAGAAAAUCUGCCUCUUUCUUUCUUCCCUCCUUUCCACGCGGGAUCGUGUCUUUGGCAGCCUUUCCACGAGGGAAACUGGAUAUAUAUACACAUCCUUCCAGCCGGGCAUCCUGAUCGCGCUUCUUCUUCUUCUUCUGGGUCUCUUCUCUCCCCCUCCCCAUGCCGGGUCUUGAAUGAAAGCCUCCCCUUGAAGCGAAGGAAGGAACGAAGGAAGGAAGGAAGGAACUGGUCUCGAUGGCGGCGGAGGCGAGCCCAGGCUGGCUCCGGAGCUGGUGGGCGACCGGCCUUUGCCUGGCGGCGCUAGGACCCUUCCCAGGUCUUUGGGCUCAGAUGGUGCUUGUCAACGACACCGUCUCUGGCUUCAUCGGGACCAGUGUCAUCCUCCACUGCAGCAUGACCAACCCUUCUCCCAAUGUGAAGAUCACCCAGGUCACCUGGCAGAAGGCCACCAAUGGCUCCAAGCAGAACGUGGCCAUCUACAACCCCAACAUGGGCGUCUCCGUCUUGCAACCAUACAAGGAAAGGGUCACCUUCCGAGAUCCAUCCACCAAGGAUGGGACUAUUCAGCUCUCACGCCUGGAGCUGGAGGACGAAGGCGUUUACAUCUGCGAGUUUGCCACGUUCCCCACCGGCAACCGGGAGAAUCAGCUCAACCUCACUGUCCUGGCCAAACCGACAAACCGGAUGGAGAGAACCACCAGGCCGCUUAUUGCCAGGUCCGGCAUGACUGAGAAGAUCGUGGUGGCCACGUGCACCUCCUCCAAUGGGAAGCCCCCCAGCACCGUGACGUGGGACACCAAGCUGAAAGGGGAGGCUGAGUUCCAGGAGAUCCGCAAUAACAACGGCACCAUCACGGUCACCAGCCGCUACCGCCUCCUGCCCAGCCGCGAGGCCCACCGGCAGCAGCUCAUGUGCGUGGUCAACUAUCAGCUGGACCGCUUCACCGACAGCAUGACCCUCAAUGUGCUGUAUGAGCCCGAAGUCAGGAUCGAUGGCUUUGAUGGAAACUGGUACCUCAACCGGAAGGAUGUGAAAUUGACCUGCAUAUCGGAUGCCAACCCUCCGGCCACCCAGUACCAGUGGAAGUUGCUCCCACAGACUAAAGUGGGUAUGGAUAGGAUGAACGGCUCCCUUCCGGACAACGUGGAGGUGCAAAACAGCACUUUGUUCUUCAAGGGACCGGUGACGUACAGCUUGGCAGGGACAUAUGUCUGCGAGGCCUCCAACACCAUCGGCACACGCUCUGGCCUGGUGGAAGUCAAUGUCACAGAAUUCCCCUACACCCCGUCUCCACCGGGCACAUCCGUGGCGCAGUCGACCAUCCCUACCGCUGUGAUUGGGGGCGUGGUGGGCGGCGUCGCCUUGGUCGUGGUGGUGGCCGUGGUGCUCCUGGUGGUGCUCCGGCACCGGCGCCACACCUUCAAGGGCGACUACAGCACCAAGAAGCACGUCUACGGCAACGGGUACAGUAAGGCCGGCAUCCCGCAGCAGCACCCGCCCAUGGCCCAGAACUUCCAGUACCCCGACGACUCGGACGACGAGAAGAAAGCCGGCCCGCUGGGGGGCAACAGCUACGAGGAUGAGGAAGAGGACGCUGCCGGAGGAGGAGGAGGAGACCGCAAGGUGGGAGCAGGCCCCAACAAGUACGACGACGACUCCAAGAGGCCUUACUUCACCGUCGAUGAGGGCGAGGCCCGCUCCGACGCCUACGACGAGAGGACACUCGGCUUCCAGUACGACCCCGAGCAGCUGGACAUUGCCGAUAACAUGGUCUCUCAGAACGACGGAUCUUUCAUUUCCAAAAAAGAGUGGUAUGUGUAACCUGUUCCGCCGCCCCUCUUCUCUCUUUUGCCCCCCUUCUCCUCCUGUUCCUCCUCCUCCACCUGCCACGUGCUGCCUCCCAGCCCCAGGGCUAAGGGCUGACAACGCAUGGCGGCCCUGCGGCAACCACGCAAACCACACACGAGCCCAUGCACGCACAACCAGCACGCCUUCAACAGCCCAGGACCUCUGGGGAAGGGCCGUAGCGUGCAAAUACUUUGCUACAAGAACUACUGCUUGUCCAGAAGACAACCAAGCCAAGCCGAGGUGGGAGGGACUGGACCUUUGGCUCAUCCAGUUUUCUUUUGGGGGGCUUUGCAUCGGAGAGAGUGGGGUCCCCACCCCUCCCUCCCCACUUUGGUUCCCCCAGAGAGGAUGCCUCCCCUCCCAAUAGUGUUGUUUGUGUUGAUCAGUGGCUUUGGUGUUAAUACUCUUUCCUUUAAUUACGACUCCCUGUCCUUGUAUAGUAUUACCAGCUCCAUCCCUCCCAGAACAAAUCCCCUCCUGUUUGUGUCUUAAGGUGUCUCUCGUCAGCCUUUGCCUGUCACCUCUCCCCAUUCCCACAAAAGAAAAUAACACUGGAAUUUGUAUGUUGUCUUAACAUUGUUCGAGGGAAGGGAACCAAAGACACGGCAAACCGGACUUUGGAGGGUGGGCGUUGCGUGUGUUGCGGGAGGGCCGGGGUUGUGCGCCGUGCCGCAGAGACAGAAAGCACAAAGGCACGGAAAGGAGGCAGGAGGUUUCACGGCAAGAUCCCUAUCCAUGUCUGCAUUUUCCUCGGGGGCUUCUCAUGCCUCUUCUCACGGCACCAAAUCCGUCUGCCUCGCACAAGAAAACCGAAGAGGAGGAGGAGGAGGAAACAAACCCAACCUUAACAAACUGCAUAAUGAAUGACUUCAUCGUCAAGAGAGCACACGUGAAAGUCAAACAGGAAGGUGCAUGAGAUCCAAGGAGGGCAAGUAGCCAUUCUCCUCCUUCGAUGUUCUGUCUCCUUUGGGUUUGUUUUGCUUUUCAGCUCUUAUUUCCAAUGGGAAAGGGGAAGUUCACCGCAUGACAACUUUGGUAGACCUUUGUUUACAUUUUCAUUCCAGCUUGCUUGCCAUUGUUUGCAUUCCUCCGUCCCCUUCCUCCCUGUGUAGAGAUAGAUCAGGGUUGGGGAAAUGGGUGAUCUCUUUCAACUAUAGGAUUCUGUGAUUUUAAUUUCAGGCCCUUAGGCCAAAUCUGGCAAGUUUUAGGGUCCGAAGUGACCCCGGAAAAGUCCACUCUCAAUAGUGCCAUUUGGUGCCAUCUCAGAUUUUAUAAGGUCUUUGGGUCCCAUUUAGGGAGAAAAUACGAAUAAAGAUUUAUUGUUGUUAUUAUUAUCACUACUACUACAAGGUUGUUUCCCUUAAGAUCAAAGAGCUUUGGGCUAAAAUAUGUUGACAUUCUGGAACCUUUGGUUGUGUCCAACCAUGGAAGGUAGGCGCUGAGAACAUAUCUAAAAUUGAAUGCAACCCUUGGGUUAGAAUAAGUUCCCAAACUUUAUUCUAGAUAGAUGCAAAUCAAGUCAAGAUGGCUAUCCUUCACCCUUGUAGGCCCAAUUUCCUCCUGGUUCCACCACAUCUACUAGUAGUAGCCCACCUCCUGCAAUCUCUCACCCUUGUAGGCCCAAUUUUCUCCUGGUUCCACCACAUCUACUAGUAGUCCACCUCCUGCCAUAUUUCACCCUUGUAGGCCCAAUUUCCUCCUGAUUCCACCACAUCUACUACUAGUAGCCCACCUCCUGCCAUCAGGACUAUGGUUUGGUGAAUAGAGCUGGUGGUGGUGACAUGUCCCUUCCCUUCAGUGUCUCUUGCUUGGAUAUUGUAGGGAAACAGAGACACUGACUCAGUGGCCAAGCCAUGGCUUCACGUGCUGCUUGUUAAACCAGUUGGAUUACCUGGCAUUUCCCUGUCCUUUGCCCAGGAAUCCACAGAAAUGACCAACGUUGGCAUCAUUAGGGCCAUAGCAGAUCUGCCAGGAAGAGAGCUUGAAUGCACAAACACUUUGCAACAGAAGCAUGUUGUUUCCAUGCUGCUGUCAGUGCUACAGAAACAAAGCAGAGGACCUGCAUGUGUAGCUUAAGCUGUGGGAGAAUGGUUUUGUCUGCAUGAUUUUGGACCCCCUUUUUAUCCACUUUCUGGGUCUGGUCCAGUUCAGAAACGCUUUUCUGCCGGUGUCUCCUAAGCAAACGUGGGAUUUUUGCCUUAUGGAUCAGUCGUACUGUGUCUCCAUUCCCUGCCAUGAAGUCUCUCCAUAGAGUUCAGCAGACUUGCAUCCUUAGCAGUGUACACAGAACCGGUGCCUUAUGGACCUUCCCCCCAAGGUCCUGACCACAGUGCUUAUCAAGGCACAUAUCAGAGAUACAGUAGAGUUCCGGUUAUCCGUGUUCCGGUUAUCCGAGCGUCCGUAUUAUACUCUACUGUAAUUCCAGUGGCAUUUGGGUGAUUUGCCUCCUCUGCUCUUGUGCUGCAGCAACUUGUUCAAUCCUGCUGCCUUUAUCUGCACUUGUCUUGGAAGCAAAACCUGACCUCAAUGUCCAAGCGCAUACUUGGCCUUCAGGAGACCCCAGGUUUAGUCCCAGACAGAACAUCUCCAGACAGAAGAGGCAACACAUAACCUGAGAGACCUUCUGCUUGAAAGACUCCUCUUCCAUUUGGAAGUAAUCACAAGACGCUCCACUAGAUCCACCCACCUCUUGAACAUGCUUAUUUUCUUCUUGCUAAAGAGAAAUAAAAAUGGGUCUCAUCCUGUGUCUUGUAUGCCUUCCAAGUCAUUUCUGACAUAUGGUGACCUUAUCGCAAGGUUUUCUUGGCAAGGUUUGUUCAGAAGGGAUUCGACUUCGCCUUCUUUUGUGACUAGACUCUGUGGGUUUCCAUGAAUAAAUGGGGAUUUGAAACCUGAUCUCCAAAACUGUAGAGUCCUAUGCCAAAACUACUACACCAUGCUGGCUUUGGGCAUCAUCAUAAUAUGCUUUCAUGUCACUGAUUGAGAACCAUUGGUUGCAAUCCAGGCUUCAAGUCCCUUUCCAGCCAUUUGUAUUUCCCCAAAAGAUCAUACUUUCUUCUCCUUAGCACUACUGCGUAGAUUUUCCCCAAUUUUCUCCAUUCUAAGGCUCAAUUCUCAAUUCUCUCUCCUAAGGCUUACUUACUGACAGCAACUUUUUAGCAAGUGUAGUUGCUACGGGGCUCUCCACCCUUAGUUCCAUAUAUGGAUCCAGGAAGGCAGAAUCUCAUUUGUGUGCAUUCCUGCCAAAAUGAAUCUCCACAGAUGUGGAGUUGGGUCCUAGCAGGCAAUCCUGAGAUAAUAUAAUGAUGAUAAUAAUGGUGCUGAAGAAUAGGGUCCAAAUACUCACUUGACCAUGGAAAUCCACUGGGCAAACCACACACUCUCGCCAAGGUAAAGGUUUUCCCCUGAUAUUAAGUCUAGUCAUGUCCGACUCUGGGGGUUGGUCCUCAUCUCCAUUUCUAAGCUGAAGAGCCGGCAUUGUCCGUAGACACCUCCAAGGUCAUGUGGCCGCUGGCAUGACUGCAUGUAGAGCCCUUAUCUUCCCACUGGAGUGGUACCUAUUGAUCUACUCAUAUUUGCAUGUUUUAUUAUUAUUUUUAUUAUUUGUAUACAUAGAUGAAAAUAGAAUGUAUUUUGUCCCAACUUGCUGACCUAUAUCCCAGAUGAGCUCUCCAAGGUGCUGAAAGCAGUGUCUUCUGGAUAGAUUCAGCACCUUGGAGAGCUCUUUUAAUGCCUGCGUGUUUUUGAACUGCUAGGUUGGCAGAAGCUGGGGCUAACAGCAGAAGCUCACCCCGCUCUCCAAAUUUGAACCGCCGACCUUUCAGUCAGCAAGUUCACAAGCUCGGCGGUUUAACCCGCUGAGCCACUGAGGGCUCUGUCUCUCUCAGCAAAGGCACCCCCAAUUGUCCCCUGAACAAACCUUGCCAGAAAACCUGUUGAGGGUGGCCAUGGAUUGGAAACAACUUGAAAGGUGUGCAAUCGCAGAAAAACUUCACGUUUGUUAGUAUAAGUUUGCACCAUUCCUUUCUCCUGUUGAGGCCAGGAGAUACAAUUUUUGCAGGGAAAAUAAUCACAAAAACGCCAAGCUUGAUCCCAGGCAUUCAGUAUCCAUAAGUAUUGAAUUGUUAUAGUCUAGUUUGCUUCUCUCUCCACUCCCUCCUGAGAAAUCAAUGGCUGGCGUUUGCUGCUAUGGCAUACCCAUAAUGUUAAAUAUUCCUUGAGACAGCCAGUUCUGUUGACAGGGUGGCCUAGAACGUCCCAACAGAGCAGCUGGCACCUUGGAAAAUCAGCCAAGGAAAAUGCACAACACACUCACAAAACCCCAGCUCUGAUCUAAAUAAAGCUGCCAUGUCCUCGGUCGCUUCAAGGCAGGGAACAGUUUGGCCAAGGUUGCCGCGAAAGAGAAGGCUGCAUCUGCAAAGCGUCGCUCAGGGCAUCGACUUGGCAGAUGGUAGCCAUCAUUCCCGCUCUCUGCAGAGAGUGCUGGGAAAUGUAGUUCAGCUGGGAAAAGGAUGCUAGGGAAUCCUCAGUGCUUGCACACAUAGACUGCAAACUCCUGGGGUUCUUUUGCCUUUGGUUAGACUGGAAUGAAGGUGAUAAACUACUUUGUUUCGUAGGUUUGACUAUACGGAGCUAUAGGAACAUAAGAAGAAACAGAGGAAAUGGGCAAAAUAGGGUAUUGUCCCCCAUACAAACCCCCUUCCCCAUAAUGACACGUUCCAUCAGUUCCCAAAUUACUAUAUAUACUCAAGUAUAAGCUGACCCAUAUAUAAGCCGAGGCACCUAAUUUUACCUCAAAAAAACAGGAAAACUUAUUGACUCGAGUAUAAACCGAGGGUGGGAAAUGCAACAGCUACCGGUAAAUUUCAAAAAUAAAAGUAGAUACCAAUAAAAUUACAUUAAUUGAGACAUCAGUAGGUUAAAUGUUUUUAAUAUUUUCGUAAAACUGUAAUUUAAGAUAAGACUGUCCAACUCUGAUUAAAUAAUUAUUCUAACCUUCAGUGUAAAUGGGCUUACAUAUCCUUCCAAUAAUAAAUAAUAAAUGAAAUAAAAUAAUAAAAGUAAAUAUGACAAAAUAAUAAUGAUAGAAGCCCUUCUUUUAAUCCCACGCCUUCCCACCAGGACCCUCACCCGAGUAUAAGCUGAAGGGGGCUUUUUCAGCCUUAAAAAGGGGCCGAAAAACUCGGCUUAUAUUCAAGUAUAUACGGUACUAAUAUUUUUGAAAUGAUUCCCACCUAAAACGUUUCCAUUUACCGUGUUCACAUUACCCUGAUCACUUCGCCCAUCUCUUUCCUUGGGAUGCCCAAACUCUUAUUUCUUAAUGCUAGAAUACUAGAAUAUUUGGAAGUGAAGGAAAAAAUUCAAAACUAUUAUGAGGAUAUAGUAUUUUUUUUUGUCUCCUGCCCCUGAGAUGUGCCUUGGGGAAAUCACACUGAAAUGCCAUCUCUGCUCCUUUGUUUUUUACCUUCAGUUUCCUGAUGGAAUUGAAUCUCAGUUGUCCGCAGCCAACGUAGCUAGUGAACAACACUAGCAAAUGUUACUCUUUGAGAUGAUAUCAUCUUAGAAACUUCCCCAAAAGUCAUAGUUACCAUCUAUUUCAGGAAUCGUAGUUCCAAAGUAAGUUUUCCAACGAGGAGGGAAUUUGUAGGAUAGCAACGUUUUGCAACCCAAGGUGGACAAGUCUGUCCAGGUUCAUAACCUCUAUUGUGGUCUUCUAAAGAUACAAUGGGGAAAAUUAAGGCAACAAUCCAUUUUCUCUAGCAUCUGGUGCUUAGACAUACAGUAGAGUCUCACUUAUCCAACAUAAAUGGGCCGGCAGAUUGUUGGAUAAGCGAAUAUGUUGGCUAAUAAGGUGGGAUUAAGGAAAAGCCUAUUAAACAUCAAAUUAGGUUAUGAUUUAACAAAUUAAGCACCAAAACAUCAUGUUUAACAACUAAUUUGACAUAAAAAGUAGUUCAAUAGAUAGUAAUGCUAUGUAGUAAUUACUGUAUUCACAAAUGUAGCACCAAAACAUCACAAUGUAUUCAAAACAUUGACUACUAAAAGGCAGGCUGUGUUGGAUAAUCCAGAACGUUGGAUAAGCAAAUGUUGGCUAAGUGAGACUCUACUGUAUUGUGGAUUCUGCCAAAAAUGUUGAGUUGGGGUUUGUUUUUGCAUUCAAAGCUCUAUGGGAGAAUUUUUCAGAACAAAAUCCCCAGCUACAUACAGCAUUUUCAACACAGAGGACAGCAUUUUCCACAUAGAGUUUCUGCAGAGAAAUAUUAUCAGAAAUGUUCCUAUUAGCUGUUAUCCACGCAAGGGGAAAAUAGUGUGAAAUUGGUCGAGAGCAAGACCUGAGCUGUGAAAAUUCCCAUCAGUCCAGGAUUCUCCUUGGCAGUUCCUAACAUUUGAAAAACACAAUUUUUUUUUGAAUAUUUUGUUUUCCUUCCCUACUUCCGGAGAGAAAAUUCUGCACGCGCCAAGGAGGCUUGUGAGCCCUUGCUGGGCAUGAAGGCUCCGGUGCCGCGUUGUUGUGGUUCCGUUCUGCAGCAUUGAUAAUCUCUGUAGAAAAUUUGGCACGGAUUCAGAGGGCCUGAAUUGAAUGUAAGACCCUCGCGGGACCCUAAUUAGCAAGGCUAAAUGAUUCACAGUUAAUCUAUAGUGUGAAAUGAGAUGCCUGCGGAAGCCAUGUAGAGAUAUGUGUGUGUGUGUGUGUGUGUGUGUGUGUGUGGAUCAAGGCUUUUGUCUGAGUGGGACUGGGAUGCAACGGACGCAACCAACGCCGUUGUAGGGCUCGGAAGCAUUGUGUCUGAAGUUCUUCUUUCUCAGAGCUAGAUAUGGGGUGUGUCUACACCAAGGGUCCUCAAACUUUUUAAGUGGAGGGCUGAUUCACAGUCCCUCAGACUGUUGGGGAGCCGGACUAUGAGGAAAUAGUAAAAAAAAAAAAUAAUAGGAUUGUUGUUGUGUGUCUUCAAGUCAUUUCAGACCUAGGUCAACCCUAAGUCUAACGUUUAGGACAGAGGCCAGGUCAAUGACUUUGGAGAGCCGCAUCCGGCCCAUGAGUCUUAGUUUGGGGACCCCUGAUCUAGACAAUCUCAAAAGACCAUCGGUAAGGAAAGAGACCUCCAAAGACCAUCUAGAUGGUCUCAUAAGACCAUCAGUAAGGAAAGGAACCUUCAAAGGCCAUCUAGAUGGUUUCAUAAGACCAUAGGUAAGGAAAGAGACCUCCAAAGACCAUCUAGAUGGCCUCGUAAGACCAUUGGUAAGGUAAGGGACCCUCAAAUGCCACCUAGAUGGUUUCAUAAGACCAUAGGUAAGAAAAGGGGCCCGCAAAGGUCAUCUAGACAAUCAUUGGAACACGCAAGCUCCAAUUACCGCGACAACAUCAUAAAACCAUAGGUAAGGAAAGUGACCUCUAGAAGCCAUCUAGAUGGUCUCAUAAGGCUGUAGCUAAGCAAAGAGACCUUCAAAGACCAUCUAGAUGGUCUCAUGAGACCAUAGGUAAGGAAAGGGGUCCCCAAAGGGCAUCUAGACAAUCUCAAAACGAUAGGUAAGGAAAGAGACCCUCAAAGGCCAUCUAGAUGAUCUCAUCAAGUCACCAGAAGACCAUAGAUAAGGACCCUCAAAUACCAUCUAGAUGGUUUCAUAAGACCAUAUGCAAGGAAAGUGACCUCCAAAAGCCAUCUAGACAAUUUCAUAAAACCAUAGAUAAGGAAAGGGACCCUCAAAGGCCAUCUAGAUGAUCUCAUCAGACCAUCAGAAGACCGCUGUUUUGUGGAUUUUAAAUAAACACCAAAAUACAGUAGAGUCUCACUUAUCCAACAUAAACUGGCCGGCAGAAUGUUGGAUAAGUGAAUAUGUUGGAUAAUAAGGAGGGACUAAGGAAAAGCCUAUUAAACAUCAAAUUAGGUAAAGAUUUUACAAAUUAAGCACCAAAACAUCAUGUUAUACAACAAAUUUGACAGAAAAGGUAGUUCAAUACGCAGUAAUGCUAUGUAGUAAUGACUCUAUUUAUGAAUUUAGCACCAAAAUAUCAUGGUGUAUUGAAAACAUUGACAACAAAAAUGCGUUGGAUAAUCCAGAAUGUUGGAUAAGUGAGACUCUUCUGUAAUAGUAAUAAUCAUAAAAUAAUAUAUAUGUUAUGUGCAUUUCUUCCUUGGAGUAAACAACAAAACCACUGAACCAAAUCACACCAAAUUUGGCCACAAAAGAUAUAGUCCAUCCAAUCUAUGUCUUUCAAUCAAAAAACCUAGAAAAAAGUCCAAAUUACAGAGGAGGAGGAAGAGCCGUUUUCCCCCUGGCUACCGGUCAGAAGGAUAGGCCCCGCCCCCUUUAGGCCUCGCCCACUUCGUGUCCUAACAACUUAGGCCUCUUCCACACUGUCUAUAUAAUACAGAUUAGAUUCAAGUAUAGAUUCAAGGCCCUUCCACACAGCUAUAUAACUCAGAAUGCCAAGGCACAUCCAUCUUCUCCAAACCUAUCCUAGAUUUUGCAUUUCUCAAAAAUUGGUCACAAUUCAAAAUCAGGCUUAGAAACUAAUGAGGUUUAAGGCUGAAGACGUUGAAUGUUUAGAGUGACAUCUCCCUUCCAACUCUAGCUUUUUCCCUAACAAGACGUCUUCGGGAAAUUAUCAUUUUGUUGGACCCAAAUCUUCCAGGCGGAGGGAACGUUAGUCAAAUAAAUGCAGGUGUAUUAUCUCCCAAGCUCUCUAAAUGCCAAACGGUUUUGCAGCGGUUUGCAAUUCUACAAAAACCCUCUCAAAUCUCUUUGACCAGAGACAGCAAAAUGGAAAGAUUUGCAUGCUCAGCUUUUGGGGAAGGUGAAGCCUUGUCUUCAAACGCAAGGAAGUUAAAGGUAAAUCAGUAUAGAGAGGAAUGUUUGUGGCUAAAAUAUUCUAGGAUUUCAACAUAUCAAAUCCAUUUUGUGGGCCAGCAAGAUGCUGCUAGCAAGAAGUUGAACCAAGUUGAAUCCUAUAUUGGGAGAAAGGCUAGAUGAAAAUGCAAUUAAAGUUAUAUAUAAAUUAUUUAUCCCUAUUUUCUGGUAUUCAAGGUAUAUUGCCCUUUGCCACAGAGGCUCCAUUUAGUAUCCUUGGCUUUGGUUUCUGCAAGAUCUCAUCCAACCCAAUAAUGUUUCCAAGGUACAGCACUGAUGACCUUGUUUUUUGGGCUCCUUUAUCUCUCUGAAAAGUCAGAAGGUGCCAUCAGCCCCAUAGAUGUGGGGUUGGCAAUAAGACCGCUCUUUGUCUAGGUCCCCAACCCACAAUUCCAGGCCAACGCAACAGCAUCCUGUGCCACAACAAACCAAAUCCGCUUGAAACAAAACACAGCAGGUGUUUUCCUGAUGGGAUUUAUGCCUGGGAUUUACCCGUCGCAAUUUGCCGGAGCCAUUUCAUUUUCUUUUAUUUAAUUACGAGACCGAUUUCCGUUCCUCUCCUCCUGUUGAAUCAUUUUUAUUCAGCCUGCUUAUGAGGAGAGAAAGUCGGAAAGCCAGCAGUUUCCUUUUCAGAAAGGCAACAGUUGGGAAUCUCACCAGGGACGAUGGAGGCAGAUAGUUUUGGGGAAAAGUUUCCCUUUGGACAGGAUCCCCAAGAGACCUAGGUUGCAUUUUCCAGGGUGUAUGGCCAUGUUCCAGAAGCAUUCUCUCCUGACGUUUUGCCCACAUCUAUGGCAGGCAUCAUCAGAGGUUGAAAAAGCUUGUUGUUCUUUCUUCUUGAUAAUUAAAAACUAAACUUCAAGUCAUCAUAAGACAAUUCCGUGACGUUAACCAGGUCGUUGUUAAGUCAAUCGGGGUUUUUUUCAUGUCAGGAGUGACUUCAAUUUGCUUCUGGUGUGAGAAUUGGCCGUCUGCAAGGAUGUUGCCCAGGGGACAUUGCCCUGUUGCCCAGCGGACAUGUUUUUGACAUUUUUACCAUCCUUGUGGGAGGUUUCUCUCGUGUCCCCACAUGGAGCUGGAGCUGAUAGAGGGAGCUCAUCCGCACUCUCCCCGACAGCCUUCAGGUCAGCAACUUAGCCUUCAAGUCAAAGGCUUUAACCCACUGAGCCACUGGGGACUCCCAAGUCAAUCGGUGGUACGAAGCUCAAACAUGAGAACAUAGAGAUGGGCUAAAAUUAUGCUGGAAAAAUAGUUUGGAAAAAUAGUAUGGAUGUGAAAAAACCACAUCACUGGGGGACAGAGACAAAAGGGUGGGAAAGCAUGGUCACAUUGAAGCCCUACUGUUUGAGAUGCCUUGAGGGGCAUCUACACUGUGGAACGAAUGCAGUUUGACGGCACUUUGAACUCAAUCCUCGGAGUUGCAGUUUGGUGAGGCGCCAGUGUCUUGCAAAACGACAUCACCCGAGAUUCCAUAGCAUUGAACCAUGCUAUAAUGAAUAUAAAUACUGUAAAUAAAAUAAAUAAUAGUCAAAGUGGGCUCGAACUGCAGUCAAUCUAAAGUGUAGACGCACCCUUGGAAUAGAUGCUGAAGAAGAAUAUUGGUGGACUAUAUUAUUGUUGACCUUUCCAAGCCAGAAGGACCAGGUAGGACAUAUUGGACCUUCUGGCCUGGAAGGACCCACUUGCUUUCCAAUUGCAAUGGACCAAAAUGCAAACGUCUUGAUUCAAUCCCUGGGAUUUUGGUAGUCAAAGUGGGCUCAAACUGCAGUCAUUCUAUAGUGUAGACUCACCCUUGGAAUAGAUACUGAAGAAGACUAUAUUAUUGUUGACCUCUCCAAGCCAGAAGGACCAGGUAGGACAUAUUGGACCUUCUGGCCUGGAAGGAUCCACUUGCUUUCCAAUUGCGACGGACCAAACUGCAAACAUCUUGAUUUAAUGUGCCCCAUAUUUGAAAGGCAAGGACGUGCAUUAUUUCCUGUGUUAAUACAAGGGCGCAGUUUGUUUUCUGUGGUGCUAAAAUAUAGAAAAGGGUCUUUUGUGUUGUCAAAGGCUUUCAUGGGUUGCUAUGAGUUUUCCGGGCUGUAUGGCCAUGUUCCAGGAGCAUUCUCUCCUGACGUUUCACCCACAUCUAUGGCAGUCAUCCUCAGUUCAAGUGGUGUCAAACGUCAUUAAUUCUACAGCCAAGGAAGCAAAGCAAAAGCAAACUGCUGCAGUCUCUCCAAAUUUGUGUAUUUUUUCUUAUUGGAAACUUUUGCCAUUUUGACCCCACUCUGUUGCUCGUCCCUACAUAACGGAAGGCAGGAAGAUUCCUUAUGUUGACAUCCUCAGCGAAAUCUUGGCCUUCCCAGUUGGCUCAGGCAAAAGCAAACUGCGGCAGUCUCUCCAAAUUUGUGUGUUUUUCUUUAUUGGAAACUUUUGCCAUUUUGACCCCACUCUGUUGCUUGUCCCUACAUAACGGAGGGCAGGUAGACUCCUUAUGUUGACAUCCUCAGCGAAAUCUUGGCCUUCCCAGUUGGCUCAGGCAAAAGCAAACUGCUGCUGGCUCUCCAAAUUUGUGUGUUUUUCCUUAUUGGAAACUUUUGCCAUUUUGACCCCACUCUGUUGCUUGUCCCUACAUAACGGAGGGCAGGAAGAUUCCUUAUGUUGACAUCCUCAGCGAAAUCUUGGCCUUCCCAGUUGGCUCAGGCAAAAGCAAACUGCUGCAGUCUCUCCAAAUUUGUGUGUUUUUCCUCAUUGGAAACUUUUGCCAUUUUUACCCCACUCUGUUGCUUGUCCCUACAUAACGGAGGGCAGGUAGACUCCUUAUGUUGACAUCCUCAGCGAAAUCUUGGCCUUCCCAGUUGGCUCAGGCAAAAGCAAACUGCGGCAGGCUCUCCAAAUUUGUUUGUUUUUUUCCUUAUUAAAAACAUACAGCCCCAAAAUCUCACAGCAACCCAAUUGGUCUUUUGUUUGUGCAAACGUUCCUUGGGUUCUUCUCUCGACGGGGAAUGUAUACGUCAUGGCUCCGUAGGGCCAGAUACUCAUCCGCUGUAAAUAGGGAUCCGUGGGGUUUGGAUGCACAUUAGAUUAAAACCUGGAUCGUUCCUUGAUUCUUUUCCUCCAUCCAAGACGGUAUUUCCUCGGCUCCAAUGACUGUAUCCGCUCCCUUUUCUUCCUCGCUCAUCCGCCCCAGCCCUUGCUGUAUUGAUCAUUGUGACAUAAGAGAAAUAAUUUAAAAAGGAGAGAGGAAAAAUCCAGCAGAUCUACUACUUUUUUUUUGUAAUCUGUGUUGUAAGUGCUUUUUUUGUAAAAAGAAAAAAAAGGAAAGAAAUGAGAGAGACCGCGCGUGUGAGAGGGAAAGAAAGAUUAUGAUGCAUAAUGUAAUGGACUGAAAUUGCUUUAUGAUUUUUCCUCCCGUUUUAUUUCGGUUUUUGUUUCCUUCCCAUUCUUUGUAAUAACUCCCCCUAAAAAAAAAAUUAUUUUUUUUUUGUUGUUGCCGUUGUUGUUUUUAUGUUUGGGGUGUAUCGGGGAAUAUUUUCUUUUUUUUUUUCAUUUGGAAGAAGCAGCGGUUUCACCUUCUUCCCUGACUUGUAUAAAAAAUCAGAUUUUAAAAAAAGAGAAAGAGAAAUAGUGGUUCAACUGUGGAAAGAAAUGUACUUUUUUAUAAAUAAAGAGUUUUAAAACAAA